GUGUGCAUGUAGUUUUAUUUAUACUUAAUAUUUCUUGUGGUAUAAGUGAUUUUUUUUACAAUUCCUCAACACAUUAUUAUUGGUUUGAAAUAUCUUUGAAAACCCGGUUUGAGUGCUUUCAAACCUCUUCAUUGCUGCAAAAUCCAAGGAAUCCAGAUUUUGACUUAUGGCAGCCCGUUCAAAGUCCCCAAAGAAAGUGUCAAAACUCAAAAACUUUUGGAUUUGUCCUGUCAGUAGGUCUUAUCUGCGCAUUAUCAACAAUAACAAAAAUAAUUAUCAACAUUUUAUUAAACAAACUGACCUCCGUCGCUAUCAAUUUAAUCUCCAAGCAUCCGUGGUGCACUGCGUCAUCUAUCACGCUUCUAUCAACGAAGCGGACUUAACCCUUGUACUAAAGAUAUGCAUUAUCAUUACUAUACAUUUAUCUACCCUCGAUUAAACACAGAUCAGUUUCCUUGACUUAAAUAAAUAAAAAAAAAAAUGUUUGAAAAAAGUGUGUUACGUUUUUUAAAUCCUUUUACGGUGGCGCGGGAAUAUUUUCGGAAGCCUGUCGAAGCGUUUUUAGUGAAUCAAUAUUUGGGUUAUAAGAAAAAGACUGAUGAAAGUAUUACGAGUGUUAAAGAGUUGAUGUACAGGGUCGCUAUAGUGACGUUAUUUGUAACUGUUAUACUGUGGUUAUCAAUUUUUAUGUAUGUCGGCUUCUACAAUAUUUAUAUGCCCAAUGUUACUCAUGUGCGGCCUGUUCACUUUCAGUUCAAACCAUGUGAAGAUAAAGCGGGAAUAUGUUCGUAUCCGUAUGCGUACGUACAGCUGACGAAGGCCAGCAAUAUCCUGAUGCAGAAGCAGCCGUACAGGAUCAAACUAGUGCUGGAGAUGCCAGAGUCCGAAGUCAAUAAAGACUUAGGUAUGUUCAUGGUUUGCGUGCAGAUGCGCGCCAAGGGUGGAUACUUGGUCUCCUCAUCGUGCCGAUCAGCAAUGAUCAGAUACAGAUCUCUCCUACAUCGCAUAAUGAGGACGUUUGUCUUCUCGCCGCUGUACCUCGGCGGCGUGGACGAAGAGAAACAACAGCUGAAGGUGGAACUCUUCAGUGACUUCGAAGAUGAUCCGGAGAAGCCAGCGACGGACGCGUACGUAGAGCUGCAGUCUCGGUUCGCGCAGGUGUACUCGAGCGAGCUACACGUACAGGCACACUUCACGGGGCUGCGGUACCUCAUGUUCAACUGGCCCAAGAUAUCGGCUGUGUUCGGUAUCUGCACCAAUCUGUUCUUCGUGUCGCUUAUAUUUAUUUUGAGCUGGUACCAUCUACAAGAUGGACUGCCCGAUUUUAUCAAAAGUAAAUUCCGUUCGGAGAUAAAGACUGAGCAAGAAGACAAGGAAUUAUUCGGUAAAGUGAAGUUGGAACGAGAAGAUUCAUCGCCAUUAUUCGACGAGGACGCGCUUCUAAAAGAGUUUCAGCAAAUAGAAUCGAAGGAGGAAACCAAAAAGACUUAAAUGUGAUGUAAUAGAUAUAUAUUUGUUAUUGUUUUCAUUAUUUUUUAAUUUUUAGCCAAUUAAUGUGUGUGGGAACAAAAUCUUCAAUAUGAAAAAAGAAAGAAAAAAGUUAUUUAACAAGUAGGCACACAAAUACAAAGACUAUAAAAAUACAGAUA